GGAGACAGGUAGCAGAGCAGCAUUGGACAACGCGUCUACACUCACUACUGUCUCUCUCUCUCUACAGCGAAGACAAACUCUACCAAUAUAAUGCUAUCUACUAUCUCCAUAUACACAUUCUGAUCCCACAAAAUGGAAGAGACCGUAACGUAUUUUCAGAGCCCAACUGAAGAUUCACUUUCUCUCUUAGCUGCCCACAACUCUCCUCGUUGCGCCCUUGAUUCGUCUCAGGUAUGGAUUAAGAUGGGCGACUUCGAUGAAAACUUCAAACAUGGCCAACAAGACGAGGGGUGGGAGAAGACGAAGAUGACUAGAAAAGCAAAGAGAAGCAGAUGUAUUUACUCACUGGAAAAGCCGAUUUUAACUGAAUGUGAUUCCUAUGCUUCCAACUCCAAGGAUCCAGAUGCUCAUCAUGCAUCAAGUGUAGUUAAAUCUCAUAACAACCACCAAAUACUCAACACGAAAACAAGGGAUCACUUGGAUUUAGAGGUUGUGAGCUUCUUGGACAAUAAGGAUGUAAUGGAAAUGGUGCUGGUGGAUGUGCAGAUGAGUGUUAACGCAACCCCUCAUGCUGAAAACGCCCCCACCCCGUUUGUUAGCCUAACAAGUGAAGCAUGCGGCAUAGCAGUCAUAGGAUACCCCUUGGAUGUUGGAGAGGUACGAGAUGAAAGUGUAGCGUGCAAGCUGUUUCGUGAUCGAGGGAGGCUUGUUUGGAGGACUUCUAAAAGGAGUCCCGUCUGCUAUGUCACGAGCUCCCCCUGUAAGAAUACCAGGGACGCGAUGCUCCCAGCUCUGCUCAGUAAAGAGAAAUCCCUUGUGAAGUUGCUCAAGAACUCAAACCAAGGGAAGAGAGCAUCCAACAAAACUUGUGUUCCAGUGCAGCUCAUUUUAAGAAAGAUAGUAGCAGCACUUGAUUAGGUACACUCUUAAGCCAGGAGAUGUAGUUUCGAUAGUUCAUUAGUUGCUACAUCUUUUGCUACUAGAGAGGAUUGUUUUAUUUUCCCUGGUUUUAGGAUUUUCUAAUCUUGUAGUUUGGCUUUUGUGAAGUUGUAGUUUUAGCAUAAGCCAAUUUCCUCUUAGUUCUGUAAAUCUCAAAUCUUCUAUUGCCUUGAAGUUGAGUUCCUUCUACUUUGAUGUUCA